CCUUCAUCCCGCAUGCUACACCGCCAAAAAUAUCACUCUCCCUGUGUGCUCUCCUUGGGCGACAUGGUUUAAAUACGGGACAGCAUUGGCCUGUUGCAUACCACCUCAGCUAUCACAUCGUCUCUCGAACAGUAUGAAAUUCACACCCUCUGCCGGUGCUCUUACUUUGGCCUCCCUUGCGGGAUCGGCACUGGCUGGGACCUAUACCGUCUCUGACAACAUUGUCGGUGAUGAUUUUUACAGUGCCUUCACUUUCGAGGCUAUUGCAGAUCCUACCGAUGGACGCGUGAAUUACGUCGACGAGGCCACUGCUCAGAGCUUGAAUCUAACCUAUACCACUAGUAAUACCUUCAUCAUGCGCGCAGAUGACACCACUGUCUUGACUGCGAGCGGCCCUGGGAGGAACUCCGUCAGAAUCAAGUCCAACACUGCGUACACCACACACGCUGUUAUCUUUGGCAUGAAUCAUAUGCCCGAAGGUUGUGGAACGUGGCCAGCUGUCUGGGAAACCGAUGAGAGCAACUGGCCCGACGGUGGUGAGGUCGAUAUCGUUGAGGGGGUCAACAACGUAGUUCCCAACCAGUCGACGCUCCACACAAGCCCCGACUGCACGAUCCCUUCUUCCGGAGGCAUGCUGGGAACUGUUGUGGGCACUGAUUGUGAUGCCACAGUCAACGGAAAUGCUGGCUGCGGUAUCCAAUACACUGAGGACGACAACAGCUUCGGACCGGACUUCAAUAAUGUUGGUGGCGGAUGGUACGCUAUGGAACGUACCAACGACGCCAUCAGCGUCUGGUUCUGGGAGCGAUCUUCCUCCUCAGUUCCUGCUGAAGUUAGCAGCGGAGCCUCUUCCAUUGAUACCUCCACCUGGGGAACUCCUGCCGCUUACUUCCCUGAUACCGACUGCGACCUUGCCACACACUUCGACGCGAACAACAUCAUCAUCAACUUGACUUUCUGCGGUGACUGGGCAGGUUCAUCCUCGGUCUAUGCGGCAUCUGGAUGUCCCUCCACUUGCGUUGACUACGUAAACGACAACCCCACCGCCUUCACCAACGCAUAUUUCGAAUUUGCUUCCAUCAACGUCUACACUUGAAAUUGUUAUUGGUCCCUUCACUCUUGGAUGGAGAGAUUUUUGUAUAAUAUAUUAACUUAUUUGUAAGUUGAGGAUUAACUCCUUUGCAAUAUAUUCCGCCUGCGACGAGCU